UUGUUUGUUACACUACACAAUUAAACCUCAUUUCUAUCACUGGAAACUGAUCUCACUUAUUCGUUUUUAUUCUUUAUUUCAAGGUCAAAGUUAAUCUUUUGUUUAGAAAGCGGAAACAUUUGAUUUUGUUCCUGCGCCACGAUCUGAAAUAAGAGUAAGGUGAGGUGUUCGCCUGCCCUCCAGCUUCUUCCUCUUUGGUGGAGUCAUGGAGCUGGCCUAUGUGUGUGAGUGGGAGAAACGUCCAAAGAGCACCCACUGUCCCUCCAUCCCACUCGUUUGCUCCUGGUCCUGCAGGAACCUGGUAGCCUUCACCACCGACCUAAAGAAUGAGGAGGACGACAAAGAUGUGAGUCACAUGAUCCACAUCAUAGACACUGAGCACCCCUGGGACGUUAACUCCAUCAGCUCUGGACACACUGAGGUUAUUUCCUGUCUGGAGUGGGACCAGUCAGGCUCUCGUUUGUUGUCUGCAGAUGGGGAUGGUCAUAUUAAGUGCUGGUCGAUGUCAGAUCACCUGGUGAACAGCUGGGAGAGCGCCCUGUCGUCGUCUCUGGACGGAGACCCUAUCGUGGCUCUUAGCUGGCUGCACAACGGCGUGAAGCUGGCUCUGCACGUGGAGAUGUCUGGUUCCACAAACUUUGGGGAGAAGUUUUCUCGGGUGAAGUUCUCUCCGUCUCUGACUCUGUUCGGGGGGAAGCCGAUGGAGGGAUGGAUGGCUGUGACAGUGAGCGGGCUUGUCACUGUGUCGCUGCUGAAGCCGGGCGGCGCGUUGCUGACGGCAAGCGAGAGUCUGUGCCGGCUGAGAGGUCGUGUGGCGUUAGCCGACAUCGCCUUCACUGGGGGAGGAAAUAUCGUGGUCGCCGCUACAGACGGCAGCAGCUCAUCCCCUGUCCAGUUCUACAAGGUGGUCGUCAGCGUUGUCAGCGAAAAGUGUCGCAUUGACACGGAACUGUUACCAUCUCUGUUCCUGCGCUGUACCACUGACCCACUGAGGAGGGAGAAGUACCCUGCUGUUACACAUCUCAAGUUCCUCACCAGGGAGAACUCUGAACAGGUUCUGCUGUGUGCAUCCAAUCAGACCGGUAGCAUCGUGGAAUGUUGGUCACUGAGGAAGGAGGGACUUCCUGUUAACAACAUUUUCCAACACCGCUCACCUGUUGUUGGGGAGAAACAGCCGACCAUCCUGAAGUGGAGGAUCCUGACGACCACCAACGAUCUGGAGCGAGUGUCAGCCAUCGCGCUGCCCAAACUGCCAAUCUCCAUCUCCAACACCGACCUGAAGGUGGCGUCAGACACUAAGUUCUGCCCCGGACUUGGUCUGGCUCUGGCAUUCCAUGAUGGCAGUAUUCAGAUCCUGCACCGUCUCUCCCUCCACACCAUGGGCGUUUUCUACGGAUCCUCUUCAUCCAAUCAGAGGCCAGGAGACGAGUCCGCCAUCAAACGCCAGAGAACCGGAGGCCCCGCCCUCCACUUCAAGGCCCUGCAGUUCUCCUGGACCUCACUGGCCCUGGCUGGAGUUGACAACCAUGGCAAGCUCCACAUGCUGCGAGUGUCACCCUCUAUGGGUCAGGUGCUGGAGAUGAACACUACGCUGCGUCACCUGCUGUUCCUGCUGGAGUACUGCAUGGUGACAGGCUAUGACUGGUGGGACGUCCUGCUGCACGUGCAGCCAAGCAUGGUCCACAACCUGGUGGAGAAACUGCAUGAGGAGUACAUGAGGCAGAACCAGGCGCUGCAGCAGGUUCUGGCAACACGCAUCGUGGCGGUGAAGGCGUCACUCUGUAAACUCUCCACGGCAACAGCAGCUCGAGCGUGCGACUUCCACGCGAAACUGCUGCUGAUCGCCAUCAGCUCCACUUUAAAGUCCCUGCUGAGACCACACGUUCUCAACACGCCUGACAAGACCCCAGGUGACCGCCUGACCGAGAUCUGUGCCAAGAACACGGACACAGAUAUUGAUAAGGUGAUGAUCAAUCUUAAGACAGAAGAAUUUGUUUUGGACGGGCCUCCUCUCCAGUCCCUGCAGCAGCUCAUCCAAUGGGUGGGAGACUUUGUCCUCUACUUGCUGGCCAACCUACCAAACCAGGGCUCCAUGGUCCGGCCUGGGUUUGGCUUUAUGAGGGACGGGGCAUCUCUGGGGAUGCUGAGGGAGAUGUUGGUGAUCCGGAUCUGGGGUCUGCUGAAGCCUGGCUGCCUGCCCACGUUCACCGCCACAUCCGACAACCAGGACAGCAUGCAGCUGCUGUUCAGACUCCUCACCAAGCUGUGGCUCUGCUCCCGGGAUGAUGGACCCCCUCAGGAUCCUGAUGAGAGUCUGAUAGAUGAGUGCUGCCUGCUGCCCAGUCAGCUGCUGGUUCCCAGUAUGGACUGGCUUCCGGUCAAUGAUGGCAUCAUCGUGAAGCUUCAGGGGAAACACCCGCUCAGGCUGCAGUUUGGAAAGGCUUCGUCUCUGCCAGGAGGGGGCACCGCCACGUUGGAGGUCUUCACCAGGAGUCCUGGCUCUCAGAAGAUGGAUAACCUUCGUUGUGUUCAUAUGGGUGUGUGUCCCACAGAGGAGAGUAAAGCCUGCACAAGGUGUGGCUGUGUGACGAUGCUUCGUUCUCCAAAUAAAACAAACGCCAUGAAGCAGUGGGAGCAGCGCUGGAUCAAAAACUGUCUGUGUGGAGGACUGUGGAGGAGGAUCCCUCCCACACUCACCUGAAUGCAUAACAUACAUGAACUCCUCACAGAAGGUGGUCCUGUGUUGGUUUUGCUCAGUGAUCUCUUUUCUUCCUGUAAAUAUUUUUUAUUUCAUUUUUUAAUAUUUUUUUCAAAAUAAAAGCCAGCACUAAAUAGA